AUGAGGAAAGUCCAGGACGAGAAUAGAAGUUGAUUUUACUCACAGUACUGUGUUGUUGGAAACAUGGCGUCUUACAGUAGCCUGACAGCUCUAAUUCCAGUUCAAAGCCAAUUGGACUACGCCCUGGAAGACGUAACUGCAGACGAAGAGAAGGAAAACCUUGUAUAUCAGUACUUGAACAAGUUGGACGAUAAGGGAGACUUGAAAAUUCCUGAUUUCGAACCAGAUUUAGAAUGGCUGAACACAGAAGGACCACUGUCUUUGGCCAAGGAGCUUGCUGGAAAAGUUGUGGUGCUCGACUUCUUCACGUACUGCUGCAUCAACUGCAUGCACAUCCUACCCGACCUUCAUAAACUGGAGCAACAGCACUCAGUUAAAGAUGGGCUGGUGGUUGUGGGCGUCCACUCGGCCAAGUUCCCCAACGAGCGCGUGCUGGCCAACGUGCGCAGCGCCGUCCUCCGCUACGCCAUCGCGCACCCGGUGGUGAACGACGGCGCGGCACGGCUCUGGCAGGAGCUGGAGGUGGCCUGCUGGCCCACGCUGGUGCUGCUGGGGCCCCGCGGCAACUUGCUCUUCUCCCUGGUGGGUGAGGGCCAUGGCCCGCGCCUGCAGCUCUUCGCCCGCACCGCCCUCAAGCACUACGGCGACCAGGGGCUGAUCAAGGGUCACAGCGUGGGGAUCAGAUUGUACCGGGACUCCCUACCCGUCACGGUCCUCUCAUUUCCGGGCAAGGUGGCCGUGGACGAGACUGGGAAGAGGCUGGUCAUCGCGGACACCGGGCACCACAGAGUCCUGAUCGUGUCCAGAACUGGGCAGGUGCUCCGCCAGGUGGGAGGUCCUGUGAGCGGGCGGAGAGAUGGAGACCUGUCGGAGGCGCUCUUCAACUCCCCGCAGGGCGUGGCCAUCAGAGGAGACGCAGUGUACGUGGCCGACACGGAGAACCACCUGAUCAGAAAGAUUGAUCUGUCAGCGGGAAAGGUCUCCACGUUAGCUGGCCUGGGGACGCAGGGGACCGACAAAGAAGGCGGAGCCAUGGGACCACAACAGCCAAUCAGCUCACCCUGGGAUGUGGCCCUGGGAACAGCAGGUGGUGUAGAAAACGGUGUGCUAUGGAUCGCCAUGGCCGGGACCCACCAGAUCUGGGCACUGUUCCUGGAGGACGGCAAACUGCCCAAAGGAAGCGACUCCAAGAAGGGCACCUGCGUCCGUUUUGCGGGCAGCGGCAACGAGGAGAACCGAAACAACUCUUACCCGCACAAGGCCGCCUUUGCCCAGCCGUCGGGCCUGGCGCCGGCCCCCGCCGAACCCUGGGGCUGCCUCUUCGUUGCCGACAGCGAGAGCAGCACGGUGCGCAGCCUGGCCCUCAAGGACGGCGCCGUCAAGAACAUCGCGGGCGGAGAGAGAGACCCCAUGAACCUCUUUGCAUUCGGCGACACGGACGGUAAAGGGGUGGAUGUUAAGCUCCAGCAUCCCCUGGGAGUGGCGUGGGACGCCCAGAGCAGCCUCCUCUACGUGGCCGACUCCUACAACCACAAGAUUAAGGUGGUGGACCCAAAGAGCAAGCAGUGCCGGACGCUGGCAGGUACCGGAGAGGCCGGCGACACCGUGGGCCCCGGAUUCACAGAGUCCACCUUCAACGAGCCCGGGGGGCUGUGUGUCGGGGACGGGGGCAAGCUGCUCUACGUGGCCGACACCAACAACCACCAGAUCAGGGUGCUGGACCUGCAGACCCAGACCGUGUCACUGUUCCCUAUUUUGACUGAGGACUUUGUGGAUGUCGCGAGCACCACCGCUGCCGCCCCUCCCAGAAAGACCCCUAAGCUCCCAAAGUCAGCGCCCGUGGUGGAGAUGCCCCCGCUGACCGUGGCCCCUGGCCAGACCAUCAGCAUGGAGCUCAGCCUGGCACUGCCCGAGGGCACCAAGCUGACCGAGGAUGCGCCCAGCUUCUGGAGCCUGUCUGCUGAAGGCAGUGAUUGGCUGCUCGAGUCGCAGGUCGUCACCGGCGACAUCUCCGACCUCUCCAGGCCCCUCUCCGUGCGUGCUGAUGUUCCUGUCGUCACAGCAACCCCCGACCCAGCCCCCACACUGACCCUGGCUGCCUGGGUGUACUGCUGCCUCAGCGAGGGUGGAGCCUGCAUGAUGAAGGCUGUGUCAUUCAGGAUGCCUUUGCGUCUGGGCUCAGCCUCUGAACAGGGCUCCGUCCCUGUGUCGCUGGUUCAUGUCUUCCAGAAGUAGACAACAACAACAACAAACGCAACAACAGAACAACAACAACACAACAACAAAUGCAAAGGCUGUGUCAUUCAGGAUGCCUCGGCGCAUGGGUUCGGUCCCUCAGCAGGGCUCUGUCCCUGUGUCGCUGGUUCAUGUCUUCCAGAAGUAGACAACAACAACAAACGCAAACAAACAAGAAAACAAAUUCACUGAUUGCUCAUAUCAAACCCUUAGUAGGCGGAGGUGCGAAUGGAAAAUGGAACUAUAUGGAAAUGGAUUAUGUUAUUUAAAAAAAAAAAAAAAAAAAAAAAACUCUCAAAUGCCCACAGUAUCAAAAACCUUCCUAGGAUGGCAUCCCCACACUCCUGGGUAUUAGAAUAAAGGAGAAGAUGACCUGAUCCUCAAACAGAACCAAAAAUCUGAUCCUUCCAAAGCUCCUCUUUGCGUCAAAGUAUUAAAAUCCCACACUCUCUCUCUUCUCCCCAGCCAAUCACUGAUGGUCUUUUAUAUCAUAACAAACAAAUAUGUUCCAAGGGUGAACACAUGAAGCACAUGUCGAGAUGGGAAGGAGGGGCGAGUCCACUGAGACUGUGUGCGUGGGUGUUCUGUGCUCUGCAGGACUGAAAAAACAUUACAUGAAAUUUGCCAUACAUCAGAAGCGCCUGUCAGACUUGUUUCCUCUGACGGGAGAGUGUCUGCUUACUCUGACGGUUCUCUGUUUCUCAAGGAGGGUCGUGAAGGUUAAUGUGCAUUUCUCUAAUGGCAUUUGGGUUGACUCGGAGGUCGUCGCGCUAAGUGACCAAGCACUCAAGUCAGCAAUUUGAGUUUGACUCGACCACCGUCUCUCAAUUCAUCAACCGUCAUCCGUGGUUUGUUUGUGUGUGUGUGAGAAAGAGAGAGGUUGUGUUUGUCAAUGGUCUUGGUUUCAAUUGUACAGCUACUGUAUAUAAUGGUUAACAUUUAAGCUAAUUUACACAAGUGUAACACAAAAGCAUCUGGAUUUCUGGGUGUGUGUGUAUUUCAAAUAUGUUUGUGUGUUCUGGUCCAGUAACUUGAAUCACGGAACCAAAUUAGAACUACAUGCAAGUUGUGUAUUGUGUGCAUGAUACAGGGGGCCUGUAAUACAACCAACACGGCCUGGAAGGGGAAUGUUUCACCAAGGUGUCCAGACUGCUGAAACAGCUUUUCAUCCCAGAGGAAAUUGACACUAAAUUCCGCUAGUGGUUUGGGAAAGCGCUAGCUUUCAGCACUGAUCCCUCAUCUGUCCAUGGGGAGACAUGCAAGCUCCAUCUUUUUGUGUGCAGUGCAUUGAUCGUCAAGUCAGUGACAGGCAUAGUGCAUUGGCCAUUGUUUUCCCUGUACUAUUUAAAAACCCACUUAACGUGUGGGAUGUUUACUUUGCUCAAGUGCCUUUAGAUAAGCCCUUAGACUAGUAAGGAUCGUACUGUACUUAAAAGUAAUCCACAGCAAUAGUUUAGGUGUUUUUUUUAUUUAUAUGUAUAAUGUUACGUCUGCCCAGGCCCAUAGCAAACAAGUUGAGUCAUGCUGGGGGAAUGGUUUACACUGAGAUAGAUAGAGAGAGAGAGAGAGAGAGAGAGAGAGAGAGAGAGAGAGAGAGAGAGAGAGAGAGAGAGAGAGAGAGAGAGAGAGAGAGAGAGAGAGAGAGAGAGAUAUAUAUAUAGAAGGGUAUUUUAGUGAAGCCUGACUGGCCAACUUAUUAGCUACUUUUAUGCAGGCUGGGGUAGGCUACAGAUGUUACCAUACUCUCCUGAGUGGCAGUGGAUAUGGUCUUCUGGCUGUGUGUUAUGGGUGGAUGUAAACAUAUGGCUGUUAGCCUUUACAGUAUGAAACUGUAUGUGUCUGUCUGUGUGUUUCGCUUGUUAUGGAUGCCUGGCAGAUGGCAGCCUUGUCUUCAAGGUGUCGCUCUCACUCUGAGUAGGUCUUACUGUUCAAGGGCAGCUCGCUCUGUCUCUCUCUCUCUCUCUUUCUCUCGCUCUGUCUCUCUCUCUCUCUCUCUCUCUCUCUCUCGCUCCACUUUGCCUCUUCAGCCUGCACUUUAAUUGCUUCAUUGCACCAAUAAUAAUACAAAUAAAAAUGUAUUUUAUCAGCUUUA